AUGAGAUUUUUCCUAUUCGCAGAAAAAUUCUCCUCGAUGACACGUCACAACAAACUGCCAGACAAACCCGCCGAGCAGACUGACCUUUUGGUACUGGACAUCACAACAUGGUCAAAAGCAAGACCUGGUUACAACACACGUGACACAGUAUAA